CUGAUCCUGUUGUAUUCAUGGGAACUUAAGCUGCCUAUGUAUAAGGCCCAUUCACCACAGAUCGGGAUGCGCCGUUACUUCAUUGAUCUCUUGGCUAUCCUCAGCAACCGCUGUAAUCUCUGUUCUACGGCACGACAUCUUGCUAUCUACUUAUUGGACCUCUUUAUGGACCGCUAUGAUAUCAGUGUCAAGCAACUGUAUGUCACUUCAAUUGCCUGUCUUCUCCUAGCAAGCAAAUUUGAAGAAAAAGAAGAUCGAGUGCCAAAGCUGGAAUACUUAAACAACCUGCUGUGUAUGUACAGUGUGAAUGUGGUAUUGAACAAGAAAGAUUUGCUUGCGAUGGAACUGCUGCUUUUGGAAAACUUCAACUGGAACCUCUGCCUGCCCACAGCAGCCCACUAUAUCGACUACUACCUCUUUGCUUCCAUUGGUGAGAAUGACCUUCACAACGGCUGGCCGAUCACCUCCCUGACCAAGGCCAAAUGUUUCAUGGAGAAAUAUGCGUAUUAUUUCAUUGAUUUCUCACUGCAAGAUCACACUUUCCUUCUUUUUCGUCCAUCUUUGAUUGCUGCAGCUUGUGUGUGCGCUUCACGUAUCUGCAUGCAGAUCUCUCCUGCCUGGACAACACAGCUUGAAUUGCUAACAUCUUACUCCAGGGAGCAUCUUGCCCAAUGCAUUGAAAUUAUGCUCAUAUAUUACGAGAAUGAUGUCAAAGAAGCCAGUAACAUAAAAAAGCAAGUAACAAUACAACAUCAACAGCAAGUAAUGGGAAAUCUGAGCCAUCAAACCACUACUCAAGUCCUAUUUCAGCAACCUAGCUAUCACUCUUUAGCCCAACAUUCAGCUACUCUUUCCCGGUUUCAGUCACCAGUUCAAGAUUUGUGCUCUGAUUAUCGUGACUCCUUACAGGCACAGAGGCCCAGCAGCUUGCUUCCUGGGAGUGCUAACAGCUCACUGUGCUCUUAUGCUGCACUUCAGGCCAGCCUUCAGCCAUCCGCCCUGACUCUGCCCAUAAUGCCUACUGCUAUGCAGGUGGACAUGGGAUCAGAGCCCGGACACUGCCUCUCCAUGGCUUAUGGCAGUAGCUAUUUCAGUGGUCAUCACUCAUAUGCAGCUGGGUGUUUUGACAGUUAA